GUUGUUGAAACAACCACCACAUCAGCUCCUUGCCGCGUCGUAAACUCACAGUUGCUGCCAAUGGCGUUCUGCGCGGUCCCGAUUCCUGACUCUCCGGGCCUCACGUGUACCUCAGCUGCAAUGUCUGGCAUGGCGGGACUACUCCUUCGGGGCGCAGGUGACGUCACGUCACAUGCCGACCCCCGUGCUCAAGGAUCAUGGAUGCGGCGACAUCGCAGGAGAUUGAGAGAUCGGGAUACUUACAUGUACAGUCUACAGCAUUCGUCGUGCCCUAACCUCCCAUAGGCUUUUCCUAUUCGUGUCGUUUCUUGAAGGACGUUGCGGGCUGGCGACAUGCGACGUUUGACGCCGUGCGACGUCGUUUACGACGUGCGACGAGCAGAAGGAGGUCGCGACAAUCCCGCCCGCCAAUACCGUCGUAAAAUCGGUGGCCAACUCAGCAAUCGGCAAAAGCAGCCAAAGCAGCCAAGGCAACCCCACCACCCUCACCCCUUCAACCCCAUCAAGCCCCCCCCAGCCCAUGUCCCACCGUGUGCGCGGGCGCAUUCGCCCCUUGCGGAGGCGGCGGGAAAGCUGCGGAGUCAGUGGGUCAGCGUGCAAGCCCGAGGAUGUUCGGCUGAAAUUUCGCGUCAGUUUUACUUUACGAAGAAUGACCGUCUUGUGAAGCCCUCGUCCGAUGAUUUUAGUUUAGGCGUCUCCCGGGCGGCGAGUUCCGAUAAUAUCUCGACUCAGUCCUUCCGCUAUUGAGUCACUCCGAGGUCAAAUUCUCUUAGGGAGAGUUCAAAGUUCAAGAAUUUGACGUCUUUAAGCAACGCCAGUCUGGUUCAACCAAGUUGGUCUGCGACCGCCAUGCCGCGUUCCUCAGAAGCAGUCGGUUCGGCAUCCCCGUCCUACCCGGUCGCCAUUAAGCCGUGGUCCCCAGAGGUGAGUCCCGGGAGUCCGGGGGGGUGAGUCACGAGAGUUGAGUCCCGCGGGGUGAGUCGCGGCGAUCAGAUGGUCCCCGUAAACUGUCGAUCAUGAGAGAGGGGAAUGCAGAGGUGAAUGCAGAGGGGAAUGCAGAGGGGAAUGCAGAGGUGAAUGCAGAGGUGAAUGGAGAGGUGAAUGCAGAGGUGAAUGGAGAGGUGAAUGGAGAGGUGAAUGGAGAGGUGAAUGCAGAGGUGAAUGGAGAGGUGAAUGCAGAGGUGAAUGGAGAGGUGAAUGCAGAGGUGAAUGGAGAGGUGAAUGCAGAGGUGAAUGGAGAGGUGAAUGCAGAGGUGAAUGGAGAGGUGAAUGCAGAGGUGAAUGGAGAGGUGAAUGCAGAGGAGGACGCGGUUCUGCUGCGCCAUGCACUGCAUUGCGGCACGAGGCGGUGGGGAGAGUUGGGGGGGAGCGGUCAGCUGAAGAGAAAUAACAAGUCGUGUUGUAACCGUUACAUCCUCCUCAGAAGGAAGUUCAUGCAACGCCUUCAGCAGAACCUUCUGAGCAAGCACUUGCACAGCAGUGCACGCCCCUGGCACAUUGCAAUGGAGAGCUAUAAUCAGUCGCCACGGCAAUGCCAGCAGCAGCAAGAGCAGCAGCAAGAGCAGCACCAAGAGCAGCAGCAGCAGCAGCAGCAGCAGCAGCAGCAGGAGGAGGCUGGCAUGGGUUCACCCGGGUCACCAUCGCCUGCUCUUACUUUCGGUGGGCUGUCGUUUGAUGAGUGCAGGAGCGUCUUCCUCUCGCCCAAUGCCUGCCGCCCAACAGCAGCGAGUCUGUUGCCUGCAUGGGCCCCUGCUGCUGCUUCCAAUGCUGCCCCCGUCUUCAGCCCUGCGGCUGCCACCACUGCUGCCACCACUGCUGCCACCAUUGCGGCCAUCGUCAGUGCUGCACGCCGCAUGCAGCUGCCAAAGGCCUUGAUGACCAAUGCCCCACAUUUCGCCAACGCCGCUCUGCUCUCCACUGCUGCUGCUGCCUGUGAUGCCGCUGCAGUGAUGAAGGGCGCCUCUUUCACCGGCUCAGGUGCCUUCGGCCUGCCCUUGAAGCGAGCAAGAGAGGCGUGGAGCGGGCUAUUGGGGAAUCUGCCCCUGCAUGGGGGAGCUGAGGAUGGGUGUGCCGACCAAGCGAUUGGGCACUCUGAGGCUUGGGACGAGCGGUGUGUGCGGCAGGGGAGGGAGAUGAGCUGGCAGCAGCGGCUGUUGUGGCCUCAGGUGCUGUCGGAAACAGGCCACCUGGAUGGUCUGUUGAUGCAGGAGCAUCGGCAGCUGGAGGAGCAUCGACAGAUCGAGGGGAAGAGGAGGAGAGUGGUGUCGCCUUGCAGCGAUUUCGCCGCAAGUGCAGCAACUUCAGCAGCACUGUCAGCACCGCUGCACAACCAAAUCCCUGCUCUGGCUGGUUCCUUUCCCGGGGGAAUGAGCAACUGCCGCGGGCGGUCGUCCCUCACCAAUGCAAGUAUUGGAGGGCCGGAGCUGGCCCCGUCUACUGACACGUGCAACGGCGGGCAUGACAGUGACCCUCAUUUCUCGACACGCCUGUGUCUCACCUGUUGCCGGCUGGGAGUGGCCCCCUUGGUGCGAGCCCCUGUGUACCCUUGGCAAGUGAGUUUCAGGGACGGCCGCUGACAGCCUCCCUUCAUGGGGCAGCCUUUCUGGAGUGGCUACUGGAACAAUGAAUGGAUGAGGAGGGCGUUGGGGAUGGAGCUGGGGGGGUGUUAGGGACAUUUGCCCAGCCGCAUUACCAGGUGAACAGUCUUGAGUGGUUUACACAUGCUCAUAUUCCCUCAUUGCCUUAGCCCCACCCACCACUGCAACCGCAGUCAUGGCCUCUUUGCCAUCUCCCCAUUCUCGUCAGCUAGAGCCUUGGGCUUCACUAACAAUGCUCAAGGUGCAAAGUGCGCUAUCGCACAGGACCCACGCAUGCAAGUUCCUAUGAACCACAUGCUUGCUCCGAUGCUUAACAUAACCGAUGCUUUGCCAACCGAGGUAGUGACUUUUGCGGAAAUCGUGAUUAGCAACUGUGAUUUGAAAUGGGACACGAUAGCAUUCCGCAUGAACCACAUAGCUUUUCGUACGUGU